AUGAACUUGUUAUAUUUCCCCAAGUUCAAUUUCGAACAAUUCCGUACUCCAAGUCCUAUGCUGCCUACAAAUGGCCGCGCCGCGGCCCCACAGCCCAACCCUAACUCGAAUGCACAGCUCUCGGCCAGCCCAUCUGAGGAAACAUCGGCCGCCGGUAAUAUCGGCCCACAGUUCGGCGAUAAAGCGAAAAUAUAUGCUUUUGCGUCCGGAAUAAUGAUCGUAUUGUGCGUCAUCACGUUCGCCGUUGCGCAUGCAGUGCUUGUGCGCAAAGAUGAUACUGCCGUCUCAUAUACUGCCAUGAUGGACAGUAUCAACGAUAUCGAUGGGAUGGCCAUGGCCCCGUUCCGUGGCGGUGUCGGUUUCGGCGAGCACUACACUCAAGACGCAAAAUCCAUAACCAUGGUUCUACCAGCCAGUAUGGAUACUCUUUCCCUUGACCAAGACGCUAUUACCGGCACUUUGACCGGCACUUUGACCCUUGGAACCCAAGUCUUUGUUUUGGUCGACUCUACGGCCACCGCUCAGAUCCUAACUGGCACGGAUUUAUACGCUCCGCUUUUGACUGAUCAGGGUCAUGGAUAUACUUCAUACGCUACCCCCACUGGGACACCGCAACACAAGGCCAGGAAGAGAUUUUGCACCACAGAAAAAAACACAAUCGAAACCGGGCCGUACACUCCAUUCUCUGCCGAGCCUGGGGUUGGGGAAAACGUUGACGACGUUAUUUUGCCGGUCUGA